UUAGCCGGCGCCAUGAAGCUCAACGUGGACGGACUACUGGUCUACUUCCCCUACGACUACAUCUACCCGGAGCAGUUCUCUUACAUGCUGGAGCUCAAACGCACGCUGGAUGCCAAGGGUCACGGAGUCUUGGAGAUGCCCUCGGGCACUGGGAAGACAGUGUCCCUGCUGUCUCUGAUCAUGGCGUAUCAGCGGGCAUACCCACUGGAGGUGACUAAACUCAUCUACUGCUCGAGGACUGUGCCCGAGAUUGAGAAGGUGAUUGAAGAACUCCGCAAGCUGCUCAACUUCUACGAGAAACAGGAAGGCCAGAAGCCACCCUUCUUGGGACUGGCUCUGAGCUCCCGCAAGAACCUGUGCAUUCACCCCGAGGUGACGCCGCUGCGCUUUGGGAAGGACGUGGACGGGAAGUGUCACAGCCUCACGGCCUCAUACGUACGGCUGCAGCACCAGCAGGACCCCAGCCUGCCCAGCUGCCGCUUCUACGAGGAAUUUGAUGCCCAUGGGCGGCAGGUGCCCCUCCCUGCCGGCAUCUACAACCUGGAUGACCUGAAGACCCUGGGGCGGCGGCAAGGCUGGUGCCCGUACUUUCUUGCGCGGUACUCGAUCCUGCAUGCCAACGUGGUGGUGUACAGCUAUCACUACCUCCUGGACCCUAAGAUAGCCGACCUGGUGUCCAAGGAGCUGGCCCGCAAGGCCGUGGUGGUCUUCGACGAGGCCCACAACAUUGGUGAGCUGCGCGUGCAGCACGUGGUGCAGGAGAGCCCGCCCGCCUUCCUGAGCGGCCUGGCCCAGCGCGUGUGCAUCCAGCGCAAGCCGCUCAGGUUCUGCGCCGAGCGCCUGCGCUCCCUCCUGCACACCUUGGAAAUCGCCGACCUGGCCGACUUCUCCCCGCUCACCCUCCUUGCUAACUUCGCCACCCUUGUCAGCACCUAUGCCAAGGGCUUCACCAUCAUCAUUGAACCCUUUGACGACAGGACCCCGACCAUUGCCAACCCCAUCCUGCACUUCAGCUGCAUGGACGCCUCGCUGGCCAUCAAGCCCGUCUUCGAGCGCUUCCAGUCCGUCAUCAUCACAUCCGGGACGCUGUCUCCACUGGACAUCUACCCCAAGAUUCUGGACUUCCACCCUGUCACCAUGGCCACCUUCACCAUGACCCUGGCCAGGGUCUGCCUCUGCCCCAUGAUCAUUGGCCGAGGCAACGACCAGGUGGCCAUCAGCUCCAAGUUUGAGACCCGGGAAGACAUUGCGGUGAUCCGCAACUACGGGAACCUCCUGCUGGAGAUGUCGGCCGUGGUCCCUGACGGCAUCGUGGCCUUCUUCACCAGCUACCAGUACAUGGAGAGCACCGUGGCCUCCUGGUAUGAGCAGGGCAUCCUGGAGAGCAUCCAGCGGAACAAGCUGCUCUUCAUCGAGACCCAGGAUGGGGCCGAGACCAGCGUGGCCCUGGAGAAGUACCAAGAGGCCUGCGAGAACGGCCGGGGCGCCAUCCUGCUCUCGGUGGCACGGGGCAAAGUGUCCGAGGGCAUCGACUUUGUGCACCACUAUGGGCGGGCCGUCAUCAUGUUCGGGGUCCCCUACGUCUACACGCAGAGCCGCAUCCUCAAGGCGCGGCUGGAGUACCUGUGGGACCAGUUCCAGAUCCGCGAGAACGACUUCCUGACCUUUGACGCCAUGCGCCACGCCGCGCAGUGCGUGGGCCGGGCCAUCCGGGGCAAGACCGACUACGGCCUCAUGGUCUUCGCGGAUAAGCGCUUUGCCCGCGCGGACAAGCGGGGGAAGCUGCCCCGCUGGAUCCAGGAGCACCUCACGGACGCCAACCUAAACCUGACCGUGGACGAGGGUGUCCAGGUGGCCAAGUACUUCCUGAGGCAGAUGGCACAGCCGUUCCACCGGGAGGACCAGCUGGGCCUGUCCCUGCUCAGCCUGGAGCAGCUGCAGUCAGAGGAGACGCUGCGCAGGAUCGAGCAGAUCGCCCAGCAGAUGUGAGGGGCGGGUGACAGAAGCCUGCUCCCGAGGUCUCGGCCAGCAGCGUCGCCCCCAGGUGUCCCCCUCACCUGCAUCUGACUGCCCGCAGCCCUCGGGCUGUCCAUAUUCAGUGUGCUGAGGGACAUGGCUCUCUUCAUUCUACAGAAAGUGGGCCGGGGGCACAGGGGUGAAUCCCAGGACUGACUGACCCAGGGAAAGGGAAGCACAGAAGGGUCUUCAGGAGGGGGCGCGGGGUAUGUGUGUGUGUGUGUGUGUGUGGCCCAUACUCACCCGGCUGCUCCCGCUGCGCCCUCGCCGCGUAGCCGGGAGACCAGCUUCUCGCUCCCCCGCCGGAUGGACUCCCGGAGCUUGGAGAAGGAGCUGCUGUGACGCAGGGCCUGGGGGUGGUGGUGGUGGUGGGGAGGACACGGUCAGCCCCGUCCUUCCAGUCUCCACCUCCACCCGGGAUCUGAAGCAAAGCCCAGCCUCACCUGCUGAUCUGUACCUCCGGCUCCGCCUGUGGUGGGAGCUCCUGCCGGACAGAUGGGAGCAAAGGUUGGGGAGUGAGGGUGGAGGGAGCUCUAGGAAAGGCUCCGGGGGC